AACACGAAGUCAUAAAGUCUUAAGAACCAAAUUAUGGGUCUCGGCCGAAAGAAAGAUAAAAGAACUGCACUAGCUUUGAAAUGCCAAUAAUACCCCGCCUCUAAUUUCUUCUUAUGCUCUAGCGGAGGACAUAGCAGUAACACCAGUUCAACCGCGCUUUCAGAUCUCAAUUUGAAUUCCCGCGAUCCAGGAUCCGAAUCCGUUUUUGAAUUUCCAAACCCGCAAUCGAAAUCACGCUUUCUCCCUCCCCUUUAACGGUCUCUCUCUAUUCUCUUGACCAAAGAAAGAUCAAUAACUACAGCAAGUAUUUAUCUUUAGCUGCUGAUUUUGAGUUGAAAUGUCAUCGUUUGUUUCUCGAGAAUCUGACCCAACUGGGAGACAAUUUUAUUGCCGCAAAGAGAAAUCUCUCGGUGUUUUAUGCACCAAAUUCUUGAGAUUAUAUAAUAAAGAUGGUGUUGAAUCUAUUGGACUAGAUGAUGCUGCUACCAAAUUAGGAGUUGAGCGCCGCCGUAUUUAUGAUGUUGUCAAUAUAUUGGAGAGUGUUGGUGUUGUAGCAAGAAAACAAAAGAACCAAUAUUCCUGGAAAGGCUUUGAAGCAAUUCCUCGUGCUCUAGAGGGUCUCAGGGAAGAGGGUUUGAAGGAGAAUUUUAGUGCUUCUGUACCUAGCAGCUCAGCAAAGGUUUCUAAUGAGAAUGAAAAUGAAGGUUCUUCUAGUUCAAAAACCGAUUGUCAGGAAAAUUCUUCUUCGGCAACUUCAAAAUCUGAAAACAAAAGAGAAAAAUCAUUAUGGCUUCUCACACAAAAUUUUGUCAAGCUUUUCCUUUGUUCCGGCGUAAACAUGAUCACACUUGAUAGUGCUGCAAUGUCAUUGCUAGGCGAUUCUCUUACUUCGACAGCUAUGAGAACAAAAGUUAGACGACUGUAUGACAUUGCAAAUGUUUUUUCUUCCAUGAAUCUAAUUGAGAAGACACAUCACCCUGAUAAUAGGAAACCAGCUUUUAGGUGGCUGGGAUGGAGAGGAAACAAUGGAUCUGCGGCUUCUUUGGAGUUAAAGAAGAGGGCUUUUGGUACUGAUAUUACAAACUACAAUAAUACAAAGAGAAAUAGGGUGGAAUCUGCAACUGACUGGAACUCAAAUCAGAAGGAAAAUGUCUCAGUGCUUCAUGGAUGCAAGAAUUUAGGAAGUGACUGUGAAGAGAACAAAUUGAAUCAGUCCACAAAACAUAGCUCUAAGAACUUCCAGUUUGGCCCAUUUAGUCCUGUGGCUGUGCCUACAGCAAGUAAUUCUGGAAAUAAAACCGUAAACCGGAUUCAGGACUUGGAGAGCCUCGCUUCUACUUAUUGUCCUCAAUAUCACAAUCAAGUUCUAAGUGACCUUUUUGGUCACUAUGUGGAGGCUUGGAAAUCAUGGUAUGUUGAAGUUGCUGUGAAAGAGAAGAGCCAAAAUGGUUCUUGAUGCUUUUCUCUGGCUUUUACUCCAAGCUGAUCAAGUACACAAAAUCAACAAUGUCGAUACAUUUCCUUUUUUACAUUUCUUUCCUUAGCAUAGGGAUUAAGGAUAUAUGGCCUUUGUUUGGAUGCAUUAUCUUAAUGCAUCAACUGAAUUGCAUUCUACUUUAUUAACUUUCUGAUUGUUAGCUUUGAAAAAAAGAAAGAACAUGAAAUAAAUUCCUGAUGUGAAGAGUGCUUGAUUCUCUCGUUUCUAUUCUAAUCCGUGAUUACAGAAUGUAAUUUGUUUUUGUCCCCUUAUUGUAACAUAGGAACUAUCAGCUUUGAGCUUCUUUAAAAGUUUCAAGCAAGUGGCAACAAGUUCUUUCCUA